AUCUCCAGUCUGUUCUCCUUUUUUCACGCUGAGUCUAGCUGGUCGGCUUGUGAUCACUUGAACAAGUUUGCAAAACGUGCUAUUGAAAAAUCCCAAGAAUAAAGAACGCCAGUAUCCGAGGCUAGUACGUAUCCGUCAUUUCUUGAACGUUUUCCGAGAAUCGGCAAUUUCGGCAACGAACCGCACGCAAUCCUUUUCGCGCCAUCUUCUUAAGGAAAACGGUCAAAAAACCGUAGUAAACUCGUCCUCGAAGAAUAACAGAAACUAAGGAUGGCAGACAUAGAGGAUACUCACUUUGAGACUGGAGACUCUGGUGCUUCUGUAACAUACCCGAUGCAGUGUUCAGCUCUGCGUAAAAACGGGUUUGUCAUGCUGAAAUCUCGGCCGUGCAAAAUUGUAGAAAUGUCAACUUCUAAAACAGGAAAACAUGGCCAUGCCAAAGUACAUCUUGUAGGCAUUGACAUUUUUACUUCAAAAAAAUAUGAGGACAUUUGUCCAUCUACGCACAAUAUGGAUGUGCCAUUUGUUAAGCGGGAAGAUUAUCAGCUAGCAGACAUAUCUGACGAUGGCUACUUAUGCCUGAUGGCUGAUAAUGGUGAACUCCGUGAAGAUUUAAAAAUUCCUGAUGGUGAACUGGGUACUCAGUUACGUGCUGAUCAUGAGGCUGGGAAAGAGCUUCUUUGCACUGUACUGAAGGCAUGUGGUGAAGAAGUCGUGAUCGCCAUUAAAACUAACACUGCCAUCGAUAAAUAAUUGUGUUCAGUCCAGACUCCACCAUUACAUUACAGAAAUAAACAAAACACACACAGUUAAUAUAUUAUUAAGAGAAACCUAAGAUACAAUACAAGAUGAUCAAUGGUUAACAUAAGAACUACUACCAACAACAAAUAGAGAGGAAAAGAGAGUGGGGGCAUUUGGGAAAAGAAUAAAACGAAGGGGAAAGAAAUAACGUGGGAAAGGAAAGAAGCAAACAUGUAAUUUAAAAACUGAAAGGAAGAGAAAAACAAUGUGCGUGAGCGUGUAAGUGUGAGGGAGGAGAGGAUUACAAAUAAUGAAAUAAUUGCAAAAACAAAAAAAAAUAAAAAAACAAAUAAAAAGAGAAUAAACCAAGAAACAGUAUCAGCUUAGACUUUGGGAAAAAUUAAUGUUUUGGUGGCUUAAACUGUUGAGAUUAAAAGGCAGUUUUGAUAUUGGGAAAUUUUGAAAGAGGACUAUUUUGCCUUGAUUUGUGAUUUCUAAAAUUUGCACAUGAUUAGAAUUUUAUCUGUAUUGGAAUUUCAAUUACAUUUCUCAGCGGUAACAUAUAAUUUUAUCCGAACUUACGAUUUUAUUGAAACUCCAAUAUUUCUAAAGUUCUAAUCAUCUAAAAAUCUUGUUUCCUUACAUUAACCCCUUUUCUCUGUAUGCUUUAAUUGAAGUUUCAAUUCCUUUACAAGUUUGAUUUUAAAAAUUUUCUGUUAUACUCAAACUGCAAUUCUAUAGGAAUAUAUAGAAUUCCAAUUACAUUAGCAUUUUAAUUCCUCUAUAAUACAUCCUAUAUUUGCUUGGAAUUGUCUUUUUCUCUCUCCUUCAUUCAAGUUCAUUACAUCUUUUUUAUUAAAAUUAUAUGUUUUAUAGCAUCCAGCUUAAUUUAAAAUUAAUAUCUUGUUUUAGUUUCGAACUUUUUUUAUAUAAAUAUGAUCCUGUCUAAUUUUUGUUAGUAUUCUAUGCUACUGAAGCAUUGUUAACAAAAAUUGGUGUUUUACUAGAAAUGCUUAAUAUCUGUUGUUUGUCUAAGAAGCUUACCUGACAGUAACUUAUUCUUGAAAGUUUUUAAUUUUAUACUUCUUGUUUGAUUAAAAUUUGUAUUCCAAAUUUCUUUAGAUUUUAAAAAAAUAUAUUUCUAGUUUCGAAUUUAUAAAAAUCGCUACAAUAUAUUUUUCAAACUCGUACAAAGGGCUGAAACUUAUAUUUCUUGCUUGAAAUUUAAACCAUAACUUUGCAUUUUUAAUUACAGAAAUAUAUUAAAAAUAGUAAAACUUAAUUUUUUGCAUAGAUCUGAUGGAUCUUUAUUAAUUUCCUGUAAAAGCUGUAGUUUUUAUUUAGAACUCGUAUUGUAGGAGGACCGUUUUUAUAUUUAACAAUUUUCAGAACUUUGAUAUUCUGAGAUUAGAAUCGAAACUUCAAACUCGGCGAAUAUUGAACUCUUAAACUCUAACACGAAAUUUUGGAAUUCAAUUUGAACUUCAGACUCCGUACAUGUAAUUUCAAAGACAACUUCAAACUUGAAUUCUGAAAUUUUAAGUUUAUCACUCAAUUUUGAUUUCUGACUUGAAGUUUGAGUUAAAAUGUAACUGCCUAAGUUACAUUAGAAGCUCGGUUUCAAAUCAGACCAUACCAUCUAUGAAAACAUAAAAAACUAUAAAAAAAAUAUAAAAGGUGAAUGAUAAGAAACAACUAAGCUACUGUAAUCUAAGCAGACUAAUUUAAGAUUAAGACUACCUAGAUAAAUGAAUUUAAUCGAUAAAAAGAAACUGAAGAAAAAGAAGAAAAAACGAAUCAAUCGGCCUCACGGUCGUAUUUCAACCACGAGAGACGGAAAUCAUUUUUUUCUGCUUCUCGAUAUUCGGUUUAAUUAAUUAUACACCACUGCUGGUCGUUCCAUUAAAUUUUAACAAUUUGUACUAAAAAUAAUUUUCAGGCACCAAGCAAAUUAAAAUCAAUCAUUUACUCUAUAAGCACGGAUGUGAAAUGAUAUUUCGAGAAUAUUGUUUUUGAAAAUAUUUUUAGUAUAAAGAAAUUUCAAUUAUACUUAAUUAAAAUUACCAAUUAUAUAGUUUGUCAAUAGUUACUAGUAUUUAUGUAGCAAUAAAUAGAAUCUAAACAAUUAAUAAAACUCAUUUCAAGUGGUAUAAUUAUUGAUAUGUCAAAUGGAAUUACUUCAGUUAUAAAAUAUAUUCUUGAAAUAUUAUUCUUUAAUUCUAUUGCACACGCAUUAAAUUAAUGUGCAAAGUAUUAAAUCAUAAUACAGUAAAACUUUACACACACAGACGGUAUAUAGAUAUUUUCAAAAAAUAACAUAACCAGCAUUGGCGUAUAUAGGUAAACAACGUAUACACACGAAUACACAUAUACAAGUACACACAGUGGUAAAGUAUAUGAAAAUAUACAAGUAUAUACGAAAGUACACUAUUAUGAAAUUCGAAACAAAAAACACAGACGUAAAGUAUAUAAGUAAAUGGAUACCAACGAGCAUUUGUUUAUACGGCGGAAAUCAAUGGAAGAUAAAUGGAUAAAUAAAUGAUAAAAAAGCCGUCGGUGCUAUUGUGUCAACCUUCGAUGAUAUUUUGUUGUUCUUAUAAUAGCACGUUACUGAAACUUCGAGUCUUGAUGAUUUUGCUAUUUUUUUAUUUUAUUAAUUGACAUGAUAUUACACACAAUUUAAGUUAAUUAAAACUAUCGAAAACAACUAAA